CCAUCAAUAUGCUUUUCUGCCUUUAAAAGAUUACAGUAGAUCUAACCCUUUCAUACCAUGCUGUAACUGUAUAUAAAAGAGCGAAGUAGUGCAUGGUAUCCAUCGUUUGAGUUUCAGGCCCCUCGUCCUUGCUCUUCCCCUUCCCUACCUUCUCUAUUACCUUCCUCGCCUUCCUCUCCCUUUGUGGACGACAAUGCACGCCGAACCGCCCAAAUUCAUCCACAUCGCCGAUGUCGUCCCGCGUCCAGCAGCUCUCAAAGCAUGGGAGAGACAACGACAUAGACGUGCUCACUGGUUAGUAGAAUGCAUGGCUGAGUUCAUGGGCGUCUUCAUAUAUUGCUACGCCGGUGUCGGGUCAACAGCUUCUAUGGUCGUCGGGACCCUCGCCGAACAACCAUUCUUAGGAUCGCUCCUGCAAGUUGGUAUCGCGUACGCGGUGGGCAUCGUGCUCGCCCUGACCAUCUGCGCGUCGACGUCGGGCGGCCAUCUAAAUCCAUGCGUUACCAUUGCCUUUUGUGUGUUCAAGAGAUUCCCGUGGAAGAAAGCACCUCAGUACAUCAUCUCUCAGAUCCUCGGUGCCUACGUCGCGUGUCUUAUUGUAUACUUGCAAUGGCGGACAAAUAUCCUUCAAGUCGAAGAAUUAUUAGCCGCAGCGGGCAAGCUCGAUGCGAUUCAGUUCACGCCAAACGGGCCAGCGGGGAUCAUCGGUCUAUACACGUUGCCUAAUGCGAAUCUUGGAGUCGUAUGGGCAAACGAAUUCUUCGCUGACUUCUUCCUAGGCCUAGCAAUCUGGGGCUGCAUCGACCCCUCCAACUUCUUCUGCCCACCCCAUCUUGUACCCUACACAGUCGGCCUCGCCUAUGCCGUCGUCAUCUGGGGCUUCGCUCCCAACGCACUCGCUGCAAAUUCAGCGCGAGACGUCGGCGGACGUCUCGCAGCUCUAACUCUCUGGGGAAAGGACGCUUCGGGAGGGAAUUAUGCUGCUAUUGCGGCACUUACGAAUAUCCCUGCUAUGUUAUUAGCUGCUUUGUUUUAUGAGAUAUUCUUCCAUGAUUCUAGUCGGGUUCUUCCCCCUGCACAGAGAGAUUUCUUGUUUGGCCACAAGGCACACGAAGAGCACAGGGACAACGCGCAUGGCGUUCGCGCUGGUGCCAAUCAAGCCCUCUCGGAUUCGGGUUCCUCGCACGAGGCAGAUAAGGGGUAUGCUGUGCACAAUGCUUGAAGCUCUGCACUAUCUUGCAGUUCUCUGUUGAUAUCCUUCUUUCCUUGGUCCUGGUCGAAUGUUAAAUGUGUAUUUGUUAAU